GUUGGAGUGAAUUGCUCGUGAGAGAUUUCACAUCAAGUUUGAAACCAGGAGACUGACUGCUGUCAAGCCUUUUCCGUUCGACAUGCCUCGUCAAAAGUCCCAUCGCCGGUCUGAAGCUGGAAAGAAACGAAUGGCCGCCGCUCAGACUCUGCGUUUAGGGACAUCAAGGCCUUCCAACGACUUUGUUCCACGUCAUGGUACCGGCUGGCGCCAUACUGUGAGGCCGUGGCCAGCUAGUGAAGUGACCAACCACUGUCACAAGCUGGUCAUUCCAGAGGGACUGCCCGAUAAGAAAUUCGUUCUUCUGAUCGGAGAAUCCCAUCUGAGAUCGUUUGCGGACAACAUUGUUGAGAUGGCAAGCGGCUGCAUCCAGUUUGGGUUCAUGUCCACUCCUGGUGCUUGCGCAGCUGACUUGCGUCUCGAGGUGUUAAAUGCAGUUGUACCGCGGGAGCCUGAUGCUGUCUGCGUCAUGGCUCCAUCAAAUAACCUUACGGCCAGCCGUCACCCAGAAGAAGCCGGAGAGGAAUUUGAGAGAUACCUCAAGGCUGUCUGUAGCUGUUGGCCGAAGGUUUUUUGUACCGGCUUCGUUCCUCGUUUGACCGAGUCCAGAGAGAAGCAGAACUUGUUUCAACAAGAAUUCCACCGCAGGUCGGCAAAGCUAGGGAUUCCGUAUUAUCCUCUUGCUGACUACUUCUCUCUGAACCGUCUUCAUCUGUGGUGCCGCGAUGGCAUCCACCUCAGUGAUGACCACGGAAUGCACAUCUUGAAGCAACUGAUUUGGGUGUUUUCCUAUCAGUUCAUGGAGUUGUCAGCACCACAGCCACUGGUGCAAAGUCAGGCAACUCCUCCGUAUAAACCAAGGUUUGUGCCCCGUGUGGUUGUGAAGGGAGAGGAGCGUUCUCGUCCUGCUUCUCCACUCCCUACUGAAUGGAUGCUUGUGAGAUCCGGCAGGAAGAGGAACCACUCGGGAGAAUCAGACUCUUUUUCUGGUUCACCCAAGAAAAGAGUGGUUCAUUGCCAGAGGGACCACACUCCUGUGGCCGUAGCGGAGUGUCCAAUCCCGUCCAAUCCUGUCCGUUUCUCACCCGCCAUCUUGGUUGCCAUGGAAACGGUUUCUCCAUCGGCCUUUCCAGCUGUUCACACAGACACCGAGACAAAGCCUGUGGAACAGUCAAAAAAACCAGCUGUCUCAAAGCCCAGGCGUGUGAGACAGAAGGUUUCAGCUGCAUCUCCUGUAACUCCUGCCAUAGAUGCGGAAUUUGUGCCGGCUGAAAACACUGUCGUACUCAAGCGACCCAGGGUGUGUUUGUCUGACGCGCGUUCUGCCUUUCCUCGUGUGGCGUCUGAGUGUCCUGGAGUGGGGGCUGCCUGUCCUUUGGAGGUUCCUGCUGGCCGGGAGACGCCUGAGGAGAUGGGUGAUUUACAGCGCGUGCAGACCUCACCCAAAGGUCAGGCUGUUAACCCCGUUCCUUGCAGGUGUUCAAAGGGGCCUCCAUCGUCUCUUGUUCCAGGGACAUUUUUGGAAAUUAAUCACUAG